UUCUCUCUCUAGAAAAGAACUCGAAAAGCCCAUCCCCAUUCGCUUUCUCGCUCCCCCGCCUGCCUAGAGAGAGAGAGAGAGAGUGCGUCUGUGUGGGAGGAGAGGAGGGCGGCGACCGGCGGCGGCAUGGCGACGAAGGCGAGCAGCGCCGCCUCCGGCGCGGCCUACGAGGAGCAGCGCAGGAAGCGGGUCCUCGAGAACCUCAAGCACCUCGAGGAUUUGGGCAUAUCGGAGAUGUCGAAGAGCUUGCUCCAGGCUGCGAGGCUGCAUAAACAGGACAAGGACGGAGUGCGCGCGAGCCCCAAGCCGAGGAAGAAGUUCGACGCCACCGAGGUGCGGCGUUCCUCGAGGGCAAAGCCCACGGUUUCCUACAAGGAUGAUUUUGGUGAACUGGAUACUUUUCUACGUCGCAAAAGGCGCAGUGGUGGUACGAAUGCAGACCCGGGAAGAGAAUACACUGGAAGAGUUUCUUCUUAUGAACAGCAACAGCGUGCAUUCAGAAGAGCCGAGAAACUUCAAGAUGGUCUAGACCCUAAUAACCCAUCAUUUGUUAAGACCAUGGUUCGAUCACAUGUGUCCAGCUGCUUUUGGCUUGGUCUUCCUGGAAGCUUCUGCAAAAAAAAUCUGCCUCGCAGUGAGUUUAGGAUGGUGUUGGAGGAUGAAGAUGGUGUUGAAUUUGAUGCUGUCUAUAUUGGGAAGCGAACAGGUCUAAGUGGUGGAUGGAGGGGCUUCGCAAUGCACCACAACUUGGAGGAUGGGGAUUCCUUGGUCUUCGAAUUGACUGAGCAUGACAGAUUUAAGAUAUAUAUAAUAAAAGCCAUGGAUGAGGAUGAUGUAGAAGAGGCUGAGUCUGAUGACAAGAAUGCCAGUGGGGGUACUAAGGAAGAGUCUGCCCAGGAAGAUUCACCUGCCGCUGAGCCUCCAAAAGGUGCCAAAAGAAGAAAAUUACGUGGACGGCGGUAGUUUUCAGCAAAUUUGAAAUAUUAGGCACUCUUUGGUGAACGAACGUCACCAUGCUAGCAAUGCGGCUCCUGUCAGGUCAUCUAUUUUGCUCGUUUUUGUUGGCCUGUCCUUUUGGAAAUUAUGGGUGUCCAAUCACAACCCAUAUGUAGCUGCAACAAGUGCAUCUAUCAACGUAGGCAGCCUUGAUUCGAUGUAAAUAAGUAGUUUGACACUCAGCACUUGGGUUCUCAGAAUCCCCUGUGGGCCACCAAUCUAGUGUGUCAAGUUACUGUGACGUUGGUUUAAACCAUGCUUCUGUGUGCAUGUGAAGUGAGAACCAUUAGCAAAAGAAUAAUUGCUAAUGGCAUCGAAACCUUGUUAGUUCUGAACA